GUCGUCACAAGCGGACCGUGUUGUCAGUCAUACAAUGUGGAAAACGCUUCUCCGGUAUUUUGGUCCGUUUUGAACUCCUCUUCGUAUUUUAACCACCAAGAAUAAGAAAUGGCUGACUACUGGAAGUCACAACCUAGGAAAUUCUGCCAGUACUGCAAGUGUUGGAUUGCGGAUAAUAAACCUAGCAUUGAGUUUCAUGAACGAGGGAAGAAUCACAAAGAAAAUGUGGCUGCAAAGAUCUCAGAGAUUAAAAAGAAGAGCAUUGACAAGGCGAAGCAGGAGGAAAAAAUGUCAAAAGAGUUUGCAGCAAUGGAGGAAGCUGCAAUGAAGGCAUAUCAGGAAGAUCUGAAGAGGAUGGAGAGGGAAGCAGCAGGAUUAAGUUCACCAGCUCCACCAGUGAUGACAAAGCCAACACCUCAAGUAAAACCUCAGCCUCAAAAACAGCAGAAGAAAGAGAAACCAAGAAAGAUGUAUAGAGAACAGACACAAGCCCAAGUCUGGGUUGAAGGACAGUCAGAUGAGGGGCAUACGUACUAUUACAACACUGUAACUGGAGAGUCUCAGUGGGAAAAACCAGAGGGUUUCCAAGGCAAGAGCUCCAUUCCUGCACAGCCUGUACAGACAGAGGGCUUGUCAGCUUGUACUUGGAUGGAGGCCCUCAGUCCUGAAGGUUACAUGUACUAUUACAACACAGAGACAGGAGAGUCCAGCUGGGAAAAACCAGCAGAUUUUCCGUCUAAAGAAGCUUCUGAAUCUGAACAGAACAAGGAGGGAGAAAGUCAGGAGGAUCCUGCAACUCCUCAGCCUGAGCCUCUUUCAGGAGAAGAGGAAAAGGAGAGCUCCAACGAGGCCACAGCAUCACAAGUGUCUGAAGUUCCCGAACAAGCCACCCAGCAGUCAAAGGUCCCAAAGAUCAACUUCAGGAAAAGGAAAGCAGAAGCUGAGCCCUCUGAAAAGGAGGGAGAGGAUGAAAAAGUAAGCGAUGAUGCUCCUAAAAAGGAUGCUGAAGAGACGACGAAAGAGGAGGAAGCUCCAAGUACGACUGCUGAACCGGAGGAGAAGAAAGAAGAAAAGGUGACACAAGCCAAAAGGCCAAAAGCUGCAACUCCAUAUGGAGCCUGGGAACAGAUACAGGAAGAGACAGAUCCAUAUGCCAGUGUGGACCUACAGCUGCCACAGGUGGAAGCAGGCACAGCCAGCACUCAAUCCGACCUGCCCCCGGAGCCCAAACCCAAGUUCAAGGAACGCAUCAUCACCUCACUGGGAGAGGAGGGUGGACCCGCUUCUUUCAGAAAAAACAAGACACAAAACGGGAAAUCAAGGAGUCUCAGACAGAGAGACAAUGAUGACUGAUCCAAACAUGUUAACCUCAAGUGAGAAUGAGAAAAAAAAAACCAUACUAUUCCAGGAAAUCUUGGGACAUUUAGAUGCAGCAGAUGUGUUUUUACUGAAGAAGCACAAAUAUCGUCAUUGUUGAAUUAACAGUUUCUACAAUGAGAGUGAUCAGGCCACUCUCCACAAUCCAUUUUAGUGGUAGUGUGCAGUGCAACUCUUUUUAUAUUCUUAUUUGAUGUGUACAAAUUGUGUGAUGAUUUCUGUCUGCUGGAUGUUUAGCACAGAUUUCCCCAAAACAGAGCAUUUUGGAUCAUUUUUGUAUUUUUCAUAACUUUAUUUUUUUACCAUUGUAAGCUGUGGAAAAUUAGGAAUCUUUGUGAAUCGCAAUAUUUAUCAGUUAAAAUGUCACACUUUGACAGAGCAGCUUGAAUAGAAGAUAAUAAAGAUGGAGAUGUGAUGUG